ACAAGUAUAUAUACUACUUAACUACAAGUAACAACACUGACCUAUUGCCCCCGUUGGAUGGGUAAAUUCCAACAAAAAGAUAAACGAUUUCUUAAUUAAUAUUUUCUCUUCAAUGUUUUAACCCGAUGCCUUUAGUAUUGGGUUAAUGUUUUGUUCAGUGUUCAUUUAAAUGUGAAGCCUAUCGUUUGCAGCCAGUUUCAAUUUUUUUUUUUUUUCGAGGUCAUUAAGUAUGAAGUUUAUUCUUAAAUCACUGGGCACUUUACCUGUUCGGAGAUUCUUGUCAACUGUGCCUAAACCAUUAAAUCCUGUCCAAGAAGCUGCCCUUGAAGAGCGCUGCAUUCUAGUCGACCAAAAUGACCGUGAAUGUGGUUAUGCUAGUAAACGAGAUUGUCACAGAUUAGUCAAUGGACAGAUUCCAUUGCACCGUGCAUUUAGUGUAUUUUUGUUCAACACCAAAGAUGAACUUCUAUUGCAGCAACGUUCAUCAACUAAAAUCACUUUUCCUGAUCACUAUACAAAUUCCUGCUGCAGUCAUCCACUAUACGAGAUUGAGAAUGAACGCAAUGACUUAGAAGGUGCUAAAUCUGCUGCUUGUCGUAGACUUAUAUUUGAACUUGGUAUUCCUAAAGAUCAAUGUCAUCCAAAGGAUUUACAAUACAUUACUAGAAUAAGAUAUAUGUCUGAAGGAGAUGGAACUUGGGGUGAACAUGAAAUAGAUUACAUAUUUAUUCUCCACAAAGACGUUACAUUGGAUCCCAAUCCAGAUGAAGUGAAUACUGCCCUAUAUAUUCCUAAAACAAAAAUCUAUACAUUUUUAAAGAACUUGAAUCAUCCUAUUACACCAUGGUUUAAUUUAAUUGUUCAAAACGAAUUAACCAACUGGUGGGAAAAUUUAAGAUCCUUAGAAAAAGUUAUGAAUCAUAAAAAAAUUAUUACUUAUUAAACAUGUUCUAAGAAAAUAUAAAGGUUAGUGCAGGGACUAAA